AUGAAAAUCCCAGAAUAUUUAGAUGAGCCUAAUAAACUGAAAAAGGGGUACAUUUUGGAAGGAGGAGAUGAUCGGCAAGAGGAGGGAGAGGGCGUCCUCGUCCUCAAGAAGGACGUGUUGGACUGUCCCGUCUGCUCCAACCCCCUCAGCCCUCCCAUCUUCCAGUGCAAACUAGGGCACUUGGUCUGCUCGCCCUGCCGCGACAAGCUCCCGGGGAAGAAGAAGAAGGCCUGCAGCGUGUGCUCUAAGGCCGUCUCCAGACGAUGCCAUGCCAUGGAGCGCGUCGUCGAAUCCAUCGUCGUGCCGUGCUCCAACGCCGCGCACGGGUGCACCGCCAUGAUGGCCAGCGGCGAGAAGGCGGAGCGCGAGGAGGCGUGCCCGCACGCGCCAUGCUUCUGCCCGGAGCAAGGCUGCGGCUUCGCUGGCACGACGGAGGCGCUCCUGGACCACUUCGCCGCCGAGCACGAGUGGCCGGUCACGGCGUUCAAAUACUUCGAGCCGUUCGACGUGCCCGUGAAGGCCGGCAUGCACGUCCUCCACGGCAGCAAAGAAUACGAAGAAGACCAAGACGACGACAGCGACCUCUUCCUGCUCCGCGUGGGGCCCCCGGACACCACGCUGAAAGUGGUCUCACUGGUCCGCGUCCAGGCGCACGCGCCGGAGUACGAGAUCGGGUGCAUCGCGAGCUUCUCCUGGUUCAGGGGCCAGACCCAGGUCGCGACGCUGGACACGAUCCUAACCUCGUCGCUCUCUAGCGGGUUGCCCGACUGCGGCUUCUGCAUCGUACCCGAGGCUCCACCCGGGGGCGACGAGCUUGUCUUCCUCAGUCUCACCAUCGGUGUGGAUGUCGAGACGAUGGAGGAUGACGACGACCAGGAGGAGGCGGAUGACGAGGAGGAGUACAGCGAAUGGAUGCGCAGGAUGGCCUGGGUAGAGGUACCUGCCAACGGUGAUGAUGAGGAUGAUGAGGCGGAUGGUCACAAUGGUGAUUGA